UACACUCACAGCAAGAAAACGUCACAUCUCGUGAUGCACGAGCUGCAUGCGGGGAACCUGUACGACUGAAGGUGUGAUCCUACUUCGUGUCUCUUCCGGCUAAUACCACAGCACACGGACGGACGCGAGGAGCCAGAAUGAUCAGACUGAUGUUCCCCGCUGUCGUAGCAGUGCUGCAACUGUUGUUGCUGUUGAACAUGACGCUUGCAAUUCCUCCCGGCUACGUGCUCGAGGUAAAGCACACCUGCGGAGCCACCUUAAAGGAGGAGAGUCAGGUGACCAUCGUCACGGACCUGAAGGUGCUUAUCAGUGUGGAGUGCAAGGAUGAGACAAUGGCCAUCCAGUCCUCUGAUAGCGUCAACUACAAUUUCAAGGUGGCCUAUGAGGGAGACCCGACCAAGAAGUGCGUGUUCAAGUCCCGCAAACACGCUGGCAUCCGGAUGGUGCUGCUCAGCAUCAAAUGGUCCGAGCCCAGGGAGAAAGUGCAGACCAAGAAGGAGCAGUAUCUGAUCACGUGCACACUCGACCCAACUGCCGUCAACCAAACUGCCAAGCAUGAGACUAAAGAAGGGUUGUUGGGACCUACCGAGCUUCAGCAGCAGAUGGGUGCUCCAUCUACAUCGCAGUACUUCUUGCAAGUCGCCGACAUCUAUGGCCGACGAAUUAAAAGUCAUGUCGCCAUCGGGCGGAAGAUCCAGCUGUUAGCCAGAAUGAAAGCUGCAAACAAGGAGAAAGGUUUCCGUGCCGUCAGCUGUAACGCCCAGGGAGGGGAGAUGUCGUACUCCGUUUUACGAGGCGGGUGUGGAGAUGGUAUCGUGUUUCCCAGGAACCAAGGCUUUAUUACCAAAGGUUUUCGUGUCAGAAGUCCAUAUUUCGGUGCUUUUAAGCUGACGAAUGAACCCUUUAUUUCCUUCAAGUGCAAUUUCACAUCCUGCAAGAACAAGUGUGACGGUGAUUCCUGCAAGUUUGAAAGACGGCGACGCGACACGAGAGCCCAUGAAGAAACCCCUUCGGAAAUCAGGCUGUCGUCUGAUCACCUGAACAUAUAUGGACCGGAAGCUGGAGAAAGUCGACGUGACAUGGCUCAGAGAAUGCAAGAGCUGGCUCACAUGGGCAUUGAUGUCGUCCCCGAGUCGUGCAACAUGUCCAGUCAGGGAAUGGUGUGCCGGGCGGUGCAGGAUGACUCCAGCAUACUGAACGUUGAAGACCGAGAUGGUUUCUAUGGAGUGUUGGCGGUGGGACUUCUCCUGGUUCAAGCGUGCGUCACCCUUGGUCUGGUAGGGGGCUUGGUCCUUGCAAGCAGACGAGACAGGCGAAUCGAAAAGUCAAGUUCAUGAACUGCUUCCAUCCUUUCUUGCAGAGGGUUAUAAAUUGUGAUUUAAUCAUGA